AUGGCAACGCCCUCACAAAUCUCCCUCCUGGCAAAUCACUCCAGUACAAUCGCGCGAGUGAACAAAGCCCCCCAAGGCUCGACCGAAACCGCCAGCCGACUUCUUCAAAAGAAUCAUGACGAGAACCAUAUCUUUUGGCGCGCCGUAGCAGGCCACAACCACGUUGCCCACUCCGUGCUCACAACCUUCGCCCUAGGCGGCGGGCCAGCGGAGCUACAGCGCGCUUUUGACGACGGCAAUGACAUUCAGCAGCCCCUCCCUGCCGCCAACAGCGAAACAAUAAACCAACUCAGUGACCCGGACCACUUCCGGGCGCAUAUCGGCCAGCUGGACCAGUAUGCGAAUUUCCUUGCAUUCUUCAGCCAGCGGAUUGAAUCCAACGGAUAUAGGUCAGUCGUCCAAGAAUACGUUUUCAGCGGCAAUGGCGUCGCGGAGACGAUGUUCGCCCAGCUCUUCGAGGGCCUCUACCACCCCGUGAUCCACCUCGCACUGGGAAUUGAGUUCGAUCAGCCCGCGAUCGUUGCGGAGGCGCUGGCGCAGGCAGCAUCGCAUGACUCCAUGGGAUUUGAGAAGUUCCUUUUCCGCGCCGAGGCGCUGUCGCUUGCGUCAUCUCCAAAUUCAGAUAUUGCGAACGAAAGGCCGCUGGUGCAGCUGUUCCAGGAUAUAUGGACGGCUCAACCCCUGCGUGAUGCGGCGCGUGGUUUUAAGGACGGGCCUUCUAGAGUACGUGAGGGCGUGCUAGGACGAACGAGAGAGGAGAUCACUACACUGGCCGCGCAGUUUACGGUUGAUCGACGGAGUCUUCAACCCGUGCAACGGCGGCUUGCCGAGAUGUUUAGCGUGGCCGCCUAUGUAGCGGGUGCUGCGCAGCAACCUGGGAAGCCGCGGAAAAUUGACUUUUUUCACUUGCAUACUAUCACUGCUGCGCUGUCUGUGUCUGUGCUGGUGCAGCAGGAGUGGAUACCUGUUGAGGUGAAGGCUCGGUUGGUUGAGUGGAAGGCUCGUACCGACUUGGUGUGGUACGCUGCCAGUGGUGCGGUUGAGCUGCGUCUUGGGGAUUUGUUGGAUUACGUUCCUGGGCCCUCUGCUGAUAUCGACUGGAGGGAUCUCUAUACAGCUGUGACGAUGGUCCAUGAUGAUGGGCACCUGGCGAAGUUUGUGCGAGGGUUGAAGCAUGGAGAAGAGGUCUCGAGACCAUUUGAGGAAGGCGACGAAAAUGGGAGCUUUCCGAUUAAAGAGGAAAUCUGGCUGAAGAUUGCACAGCUAGCAUACGACAGUACCGUCGACCGACCGAUUGAGCGGAAGUGGAUCUGGGGCAUAGGAUUCGAAGAGAAUUGGAGCAUUGUACUAUCGAGAGAGGCGUAG